AAUCUCUCGUUAAUCAUUCUCAAAAGAAAAAUUAAUCCAUUCUGAUGAUGACAAUGAAUGACAAAUUCGGACUUCAACCUUCUCAUUGAUCUCAUCUCCUCUUUCGAGUAUUAAAUUCACAAAUUAAAGCUACCGUGUUGGGAAGAUCAAUCAAAGCUCGUUUACCUCAAUCUUCUUCUUCCUAGAUUCAAAACCCAUGUUCAUGUAGCUGCAUUAUUCCUUUCGUAUCCCAUUUUCAUGGUUUCUUUUCUAGAUCUCCAUUUCCUCCUUCAUACCCAAAAUGGUUUUUUUGUUCUUUUUUUUUUUUUUCUGAUUAAUAGUGCGUAAUUCAUUCUACCCCGCCUUCUUCUGCUUCUCAUUUGGAAGAUUACGGACGAGGGGUUGUUUAAAAUGAGAAUUUCAUCAAGGGUUUUCGUUUUUUUGAUUGUCUGUGCCAUUCCAUGGAGGGUUCUCGCGAUUGAGAAUUUCCGGCAAGCAUUUCCCAUUGUGGAACCUGAUCCUGGCCAUACAAAACUUCGUCUUUCUAGAGAAGGUUUAGAGGCUAUUGAAAGAAUAACAAAUCCAAUUGCAGCUGUUGCGGUCAUUGGGCCAUACCGAUCUGGGAAAUCUUUCUUGCUUAACCAACUUCUCUCUCUUUCUUGUUACGAAGGGUUUGGUGUAGGACACCUUCGUGACACCAAAACAAAAGGGAUCUGGGUGUGGGGUACUCCUUUGGAGUUGAUGAUUGAUGGAGUCAAAACUUCUGUUUUUUACCUUGAUACAGAGGGAUUUGAAAGUGUUGGAAAGUCAAAUGUAUAUGAUGAUCGAAUCUUUGCUUUGGCAACUGUUCUGAGUUCCGUGCUUAUCUACAACCUACCUGAGACUAUUCGUGAAGCUGAUAUUUCUCGAUUGUCAUUUGCUGUUGAGCUUGCUGAAGAAUUUUAUGGGAGGUUUGCAUUUUCUAAAUUUAUUUGAUCAAGUAUUUCGUUAAUUAAAUUACAAAUUCAGUUUCUGAACUUUAAAUGUUGUGUACAUCCAUUUUAUUAUGAUUCAUACUUAAUUAUGAAUAAAGUAAGAGGACAAGAUGUUGCCUUUGAGCCUGCUAAGCUGCUAUGGCUUAUUCAGCGUGAUUUUCUACAAGGAAAAACUGUUCAAGAAAUGGUGAAUGAAGCUCUAAGACAUGUGCCUAAUAACGAAGGAGACAAAAACAUUGAUCUGGUUAACCAAAUUCGAGAUUCUUUGGCUAUUAUGGGAGAUAAUAGUACAGCCUUCAGUUUACCACAACCUCAUCUCCAAAGAACCAAGCUUUGUGAUAUGAAAGAUGGUGAGCUGGAGCCAACAUAUGUUGCAAAGAGAGAAGAGUUGAAAGAGCUUGUUACGAGCAUUAUCCGUCCAAAGAUUGUGCAGGGAAAAUCUUUGAAUGGAAAGGAAUUUGUAUCUUUCUUGGAACAGAUUCUUGAAGCAUUGAACAAAGGGGAAAUUCCAUCUACCGGGUCUCUUGUUGAGGUUUUCAACAAGGGUAUCCUUGAGCGAUGCUUGAAAAUAUACAGCGACAGAAUGGCAAAGGUGUCUUUACCUAUUACAGAGCAAUCUCUUGAUAAUGCCCAUGAAAUCCAUCGAGCAGAGGCAAUGCGAGCUUUUGAUGAACAACAUUUUGGGCGUCAUCAUGCAAGGAAGUCGGUCACGCAACUUGAUCAAGAAAUUGACAAGGUACAUAGUAACGUUAUAUUGGCAAAUCGGUACCAAUCCUCAAAGCUCUGUGAAGCACUUUAUACGAAGUGUGAAGAUGAAAUGGACCACCUUCAAGCUUUAAGGCUUCCGUCAAUGGCAAAAUUCAAUGCAGGUUUUCAGCAAUGCAAUCAAAGUUUUGAGGAAGAGUGUGUUGGACCAUCAAAAGCAAACUAUGAGCAACGCAUGUCAAAGAUGUUGGGAAAGUCACGAUCUCUCUUUAUCAAGGAGUACAAUCACAGGCUUUACAAUUGGUUGGUGGCCUUUUCUCUUGGCAUGGUGAUUGUGGGAAGGUUUGUUUUAAAGUUCUUUCUAGUUGAAAUUGGGGCAUGGCUGCUUUUCAUUUUUUUGGAGAUAUACACAAGGAUGUUUUGGUCGGCCGAGACCCUUUACUACAGCCCCGUUUGGCAUUUUGUUGUAGCCACCUGGGAAACAAUCGUUUAUAGCCCCAUCCUUGAUUUGGACAGAUGGGCAAUUCCCAUUGGUAUCUUGGCUGCUGUUUUGGUUGUGUAUUGGAGGUGUUGUGGGAGAAGAAAAUAUGGUACCCAUUGGAUUUUACCAUUAUACAACAAUCCCAAAAAUGGUUCACAAAGGCCAAGAUCAGAUUGAUAUCAUUAAUCUUUGUUUCCCUUCAAUCAGUUCGCAGUUUCUUUUUUUAAUCUUUCUGGCGAGCUCUUCACCUUUUUGAUGCAUGAAGCACGAGUCGCACCUUAUCGGCUUCAAUUGUAGUUAGGAACAAAGUUUAGACAGGUCACUUUAUCAUUCUGUAGAUGAUAGAAUCAUAACCAAAAGAAUGGAUAAGGAAAUGUUGUUGUAAGUCAUAUUUGUAACAUGUCUGAAAUAUUGUAUUCAAUUUUUACUCACGGAAAGAAAUUGUCUCUUAUCACAUGAAAGAAAAAGAAAAAUCAAUAUCAAAA